CAUUGUCACUUCCGCUUGCGAACAAAAUACGGCAAAGAAAAACCCUGCGAGUGGCGAGUGUUUUAAGAUCACACUCAAAAAUAACAUCAAAAGUGGUAGUGGUAGUUGAAAGAGUGCCACAACUGACCGCAUCAACUGCCAGCAACAAUAACAACACCAACGACAAACACAGACCAUCAGUCCCAAAAGAAUUAAGCGGAAAAUAAAAGAGUUGCGGCUUUUGAGCAUAGCAUCGCAUCGAAUCGCAUCGCAUAGCCAGGGAAAACUUGGCUGACACCUCAAAAGCGGUAGCAGUUUAUUUUUCUUCCUUUUAUUUUUGGAAGCGCGUGUUCGUCGAGUGCGGGUGAGAACAACAACGAAAAGAUGGCAGACUCUGAGAACAAACCGCAGCAGCUGCUGCCCAUUGAACAACAGCAGCCGCUGGCAGAGGAGGAACAGCAAGAGGACGAUGGCCAGCAGGGAGAGGGCAAGCCAGCUCCGCCGCCCAAGGAAAUUAUUGCGACCAAAGUGACCGGCACCGUCAAAUGGUUCAACGUGAAGAGCGGCUACGGAUUCAUCAACCGGAACGACACCAAAGAGGACGUCUUCGUACACCAGAGCGCCAUUGCACGCAACAAUCCGAAAAAGGCUGUACGCUCUGUCGGCGACGGAGAGGUGGUCGAGUUCGAUGUCGUUAUUGGCGAGAAGGGCAACGAGGCAGCCAAUGUCACCGGUCCGUCUGGGGAGCCUGUGCGCGGCAGUCAGUUUGCUGCGGACAAGCGCCGCAACUUCCGGCCCUGGAUGAAGAAGAACAGCCGCCGCAAGGAUGGCGAGGAGGGUGAUGAGAUGGAGUCACCGGACCAGCAGCAACAGCAGCCCCUCGACGGACAACAGCAGCUGCAGUCCGGACCCCGCCAGCCCCGCCAGAAUUAUCGUCGCGGCCCAAGCGGCCCCCCCGGUGGACCUCGCGGCGGUCCCCGUGGUCCAGGCGGACCCCCUGGUGGACCCAGGCGCUUCAACAACUUCUACCCGCGUCAGCAGCGUCGCGGCCUGGGUGGCGGUGAUGGCAGCAGUGCCGAUCCUGGUGUUCACGACCAGAAUCCCGAGGGCUUGCAGCGCGGUGGAGAGGGACCUCGUCGCGGCGCCGGUGGCCCCGGUGGACCCCAGAGACGCUUCUUCCGACGUAACUACAACAACGGGCCACCACCACCACGACGCGAUGGCGGGGAGUACAGUGAGUACACUGCACCAAUUCAAGGACAGGGCCCGCCGCGCCAGCAGCAGCCGCGUCCACGUCGCCAGAAUCGGAAACCGAAUGGUCCUGGCGGUGGUCUGGAGCAGCAGCAACAGCAGCCACAGCAGAAUGGCGCCCAGGAGGUGCAGAAUACAACAACAGAGAGUACUGCAUAGAUCCAGACAAGAGGAAGAACCAUCACCACCACCACAACCACCAGAAGCAGCAGCACAUGCAACAAAAAUUACUCAAAAAAAAGAAAAAAGAAAACCAACAUCAAGUGCAAGAGCAACCACAUAUGGGCCGGCCGUAGCGUUAUUUAGAUUUGGUUCCUUUGCUUUGUUUACCGUUUUGGGAAACUUUCAUACACCUCAUACCACACCAUACCAUUCAGCAGUAAAGAGAACUAAUUUCCAAUUCUAACUUGAAGCUCCCGAAAAUUGAAGUGUAUUAUAGAAAGCAAUAAAUUCAAAUAUGCUCAGAAAUUCUCAGAAAGGUCAACCAGAAACCACUAGAAAAACACUCAAA